UGCAUUGAGCAGGGACGUUCUUUUCGGCGCGGUGGAGGAGGGAGACGGCUGGUACUGCAUUAGGCUCCCGGGUGUGGAGCGACCGAAGAGUGGGGGCUUUGGGGUCCGCGGGCCAGGGCUCUUUGGGCGGCUCUCCGCACGCAGUCGGCGCAGUUGUCGGGUGAGGCGCAACGGGCCGUGCUCCGGGGCCUCGCGGGCCGCGCGUGGUUCCCGGUCGCUGUCGGGAGAUGACAAGGUGUAUGCGGCCAGGAAGGGUUUUUUAGUGUCCUGUGCUGCCUGCCUACAUCUUUUGAGGGCUUAGAAGGUCUCGUCGGUCGGCCCACGGCAUAUAUUCGCACCGGUUGUUCGGCAGUCACCACGUGGCUUCCACACAUGCAGUUUCAGCAUUUGAAAGCACCAUACAGAAAACUGGAGAGGGCAGAGAGCAAGUGAUGGCUCAACCGGGAGUGAGUUCUGUUGACUGCAUGACAUCUGAUAGAGCUGGGGACAUUGGAAACCAAAGUGAUGACUCAUCUGAUAGCUUAUUUAAAACACAGUAUGUUCCUUCACCUACACAAAGACUAAGAAAUCCUACUGCAAAAUGUGUGGUUUCACCUGCAAGGGUUGAAACUGACUCAUCAAGUGACUCCUCUCUGGAACCAAAGCCUCUGACUUUGAAGGCUAUUUUUGAAAGAUUUAAGAAAAGGAAACGGAAAAAGAGAAAGUAUAAGCCAAAAUUAAGACCAAGAGGAAGACCACCUGGAAUAAAAAAUGCUAGAAAUCCUAGAAGGUCACAAAUAGAUAUCAAACAAAUUAAAGACAAAGGAGCUGUGUUUCCAUUCUUAGAAUCUGAAAAUGGAAGAAAACCUUUACCUUGGAAGAAAAUUUUAACAUACGAGCAAGCUGUUGCAAGAGGAUUUUUUCACCACAUUGAAAAACUGAAGUAUGAGCAACACCUUAAGGAAUGCUUGGAGCAAAUGCAUGCUGGGGAAGAUUUAGAAAAGGAAGACCUUGACAGCCGGAGACACAAGUACAUGGAUGAUGAUGGUCCUCUUUCUCCUAUUGAAGAGCCUUUAACAGAAGAUGAGGCAACAAAUCCUGAGUCUGGAUGUGAUAUCAGAUUGGUUGAAGACAGUUGCUUCAUAAUAAGCUCAGAAUUUCCAAAGAAAAAUUUAGAGCAAGAGAAGAGUAAGAAAGAGUCUGCAUUCUCUAAAAAAGCUAAGGCCAACGAAACUGCACAGAGAGAACAUGGAAGGGCCUGGAAAGGAGAUGUACAUACAAGUAUCAAAGAAGGCUUGUCUUGAUUAUGAAGGCAGAAUUGAAGAUACCUGCGAAUGGAUGUUUGUUUCAGUGUGGUAAGUAGCAUACUGUCAAUUUAUAUCUUCAUUAUAUUUGUGAAUGCCAGUUUUAUUCUGUGAAAAUUUUAGAGUGCUCUAGCUUUCAAGAAAUCCUUGAGCAUGUUCAACUGUGUAUACUUAGAAAGUAAUUUGAAAUGUUUAUGAUAGUGCAAGAAUAAGCACUGAGGGCUAUAAGGUCUCAUACUCAAGUUAAAACAUUACCCUAUAAACUUUCUGAAACAUUGUAUAAUUACAGCAGAAAUUUGUACAAUCUUGAGUACAUAUUAAUUUUCAAAAGUGUCAAUACUGUCCUAAAAGAAGUCAGACUAUACCCUUUUAGCCUCUUGAAGAAAAUUUACUUUGUACUGGUGCUUAAAACAGCUUGGUAAAGAAUCCAUAACAUGUGCUGAGUACUUGAGGACCUGGCCCUAUAAGAAUGAGCUUCACUAGGCAAGUGUUCUGAGAUGACUUUUGUGAUUUCCUUAAGGUCCUAUUUGUAGAUAGAUGUUCAUACAGAAGUUGGCAUCACAAUGCUUUCCUUUUGAGGUCUAUCCCGAUGGGGCUUCCCUAAUAGCCACACAUCGUUGGAAACGCCUCAUAUAGUAACUUGUGGUUUGCUUGAUUCACAGGACUGCUUAUUAGGUCUGUGAAAAGGAGGAACUACAAGACAUUUAAAAGUAUGAAACACUAAUAUUUCAUUCAGGUUUUUUUUUUAACUUCAGGUACUGGCAUAUCCUUAAUAACAAAAAAUUAUUAAGAGUGUUAGGUAAGUUUGGCACUGUAUCUUGGGAAAACAUAGUUACAGUUCAUAUGAUGAAUUAAAACUGUUCAACUGCUGAAUGAUACAGACAUGAACUAAAACUUAAUUCUGAUAGAACUGGCUACAGCUAUUAAGUCUGGACAGUGAACUUAAGACUAGUUUUUAUAACUGGGAAUCCUAUCCUUUUUUUUUUUAAAGACUUAUUUAUGUACUAUUCUCUAGGAAUGAAUAUUAGCAGAACUCUUCAAACAUGUUGGAUGUCAACGAGUGAGAGGCCUUUACAUUAAAACGGUUUCUAAAGUAAGUCGUUUGAAGAAGUCACCAGAAAUCUUCUGGUAGAAAUCCUUGAAUUUCUCAUGAAAAGAAAAAAAAAAA